GGGGCGUCGCCGGGGCCCCGCCGUCCGCCGCGGCUCUGGCCGCCGCGCCCAUGGCCCUGCGGGCGCCCAGGGGGCAGGGGCAGGGGCAGGACGAGGAGGAGGGAGCGGAGGAGGAGGCGGCGGCGAGGGGCAGCCAGGCGCGGGCCAGGAGCCUUGCGGAGCCUGCGGCGAGCGGCGGCAGGAGCCAGGACCGGCAUGAGAGGAAGCGGAAGAGGCAGGAGGCGCAGCAGCUCCAGAAGAUCCAGCACCUGGAGUCUUUCUAUGAGAAACCUCCCCCUGGGCUAAUUAAGGAGAAUGAAACAAAACCAGAAGACUGCAUACCUGAUGUACCAGGCAAUGAAAGCGCACGAGAAUUCCUGGCACAUGCCCCAACAAAAGGGCUUUGGAUGCCUUUGGGAAAAGAAGUCAAAGUUAUGCAGUGUUGGAGAUGUAAACGUUAUGGACACAGAACAGGAGAUAAGGAAUGCCCAUUCUUUAUUAAAGGCAAUCAGAAAUUGGAGCAAUUUAGAGUAGCACAUGAAGAUCCAAUGUAUGAUAUAAUAAGGGAAAAUAAGCGUCAUGAAAAAGAAAAGAGGAUACAGCAACUGAAGCAGCUCCUGGAGGACUCUACCUCAGAAUCUGAUAGCAGUGAUGACAGUGAUGAAGAUGAUGAAGAUAGCAGCAGCUCCACUUCCUCAGAACAUAAACACAAGAAGAAAAAGAGAAAAAAGGAAAAGAAAAAGAAAGAAAAGAAGAAGAAGAAAAAGAGGAAGCGUAAAUCAUCCAAAUCUAAUGACAAGUCAGGAUCUGACUGACAGCAGUCACCUGCUGCAUGUUCAUUGACCUCUCUAUUUGUGAACUGCGAGGAAAGAUCCAAAGAAUGAGGAGGAAAACACCAGAAAGGGCUUUAUUAAACUUGAAACAUACAUAUGUCUGCAUACAGCAUCCCACACCGGCAUCCUCUUCUGCCCCUCUGCAGCCAGAAAGAAGAAAGCUGCAUUAAACCAUAUCAUUGUGCUGUAAAACCCAUGCUGAGAGCCAUCCAGCUUGGUCAGAUGGGGCCUCUGCAUUGCUGCCUGUGACCAGCAGCAGAAAGCAGCGACCACCAAGGGAUCACCAACAAGCCUGUAGCAUUAGCAGACUGUCUGUGGAAGUGUCUUUACUCUGUGAAGUUAUUUUAUUAUAUACAAAGCCUCAUUGUAACAGGAGUGCAGUCUGCACCAUGCAGAGCACUGAGGGCUGCCUUACAGUGCUUGUAAAGAGCAGGUUGUACUGUAUUUCCUUCUGCGCAUACGUGCUGAGCUUCUGUGUACCUAUCCUAAUAUUGGCAGCUAGGGAAAUAAAGAGUUCUGCUGCAGGGGAAAAAAGAUAAUCAAGGGGAUUUACUUUAAGACAAAAUUGCAGCAUCAGCAAGACUUGAUUUUUUUUUUGGUGUGUGUGUGUAACAAAAUCUCAAUAUCACCAUCAUUAAUGCACAGUUCUGAAACACUUGAAGUGAAACAUCUACAAUGUCUAAACCAUAGAAGUGGGAGCCAAGUGUAAUGAUGUUAAAUAUUCAACUUAACUGUAAAGAGGUAGUAGGUUUAGUUUUAAAAAGGGGGGUUCCAUGUAAGAAAUUAAAAAGAUUGAUUUCUGCGUAUUCUGCAGUAUCAAUGAUUUUGAUAAAAGUUGAGGAAGGUUUCCUUUUUUAAAGGCUUGGGGGUAAUAAAUUCCCACUUUUUAUGCUUACUAGAUUUGAUGAGGUAACGUUUUUUUUAAUCAUUCCACAAGAAUAUAAAUGUGUAAGGCUCUCAAAAUGGUUUUCAACUACAUGCACGAAAGCACAAUAAUAGUAAAGAAUUUGUAAGCAGGAAGAAGAGAACAUUUUGUGUACUUAGAACACCUUACAUACUGACCACACUUUUACAUAAUCUUGCAGACUCAACAAGGAAAAUGGAGAUAGCUAUAAACAGUUGUUUACAGUAACCAGCUUUCUUUGAAACCUCAAGGUACAGAGCUGUGAAUUGAGGAACUAGAUGAUGGAUAUUGGUAUGUGCAAAAGGAAAGAGAAAACUAGAUUUGCUUUGAAAGAACUUCUAUAGAAUUUAGUCUCUGGGUAUACUAAGAUUGAAAAAAACCCCACAUGGUACGGCUCUAAUACAGUAGAGUGAACAUUAACAGUGAAAUCAAAGUCAUAGACUACAAUGCAGCUAAGAUAUUUUUUUAUUUUCUUCAAAGCUUUGGAAGAGAAGACAAGGGAAAAUAUAAAUUAAAAUGUUUUUUCUCCCUCCUACAUGUCUUAGAGUGGUUUAGUAAAAAUAAUCCCCCAUUCCUUGCCAGUAUUCACAAUAUGUUCUGAGGAAAAACAAGAUAAGCAAGGCCUACUUACAAGAAGUUUCUCUAUCAUAUUCCCAGACCUUGAAGGUAGAGUUGUAUUUUCUCUUGUAUUUAGCAAAUCUCCCUGUGGUGGGAUUUACUGGUGACUCAUGUUAGUUCCCUGUAUCAACAGCAUCAUCAAAUCCUAAGGGCCUUGUUCUUUCACCAGAAAAAAGAUUUAACAGCUGAAAUAGCAUGGGGAGCUCUAUAAUGGACCAAUUCUCUUGGCCAGAUUGGACAGGGCUCUGGGCAACCUGGUCUAGUGGGAGGUGGCCCUGAGUGUGGCAGGGGGUUGACACUGGAUGAUCUUUACAGCCCCUUCCAACCCAACCCAUUCUAGGAUUCUUGUAUUGCCACACGUGGGGCUGAGAUUAAUGCAUUUACAGGUUAUUGGACAGAUGCUAGAAGCCUGUUAUUGACCUGAUGCAUUCCAAGAGAACUCUUACUCAGGCUUGUCUAGAGCAGGGCUAACUUAGGAUCUCUUCAGUUACUUCAGCUUUUGUAAUUUAAGAUUGUUCUGAAGCUUAGUUUAAUAUUAAAAAAAAAAUCAGUUUUUCCUUUGCAAUCCCCUUCCUUAUUGAUGGAACUCUCUCCUUGUAUCAGUCAGGAUUUAUUAUUUCAACAAUUAAGAAAAAUACAUUAGGAGACCAUUUCUAACUUGUGUCAAAUCCAAUUUAAAUGUUUGAGAUGCCAUAUAACUUUCUAUGCCUGACUAAAGGUCUGUUAUAUCAGUAUCUUUCCAAUUAGGGUUUAUAGAACACAGCUCCACAGCAGAGCAGUGCAAACUCUGCUAUUAUUUCUUCUCUUAUUUCAUUGCUUCACUGAAAUGCUCUCUCACCCUCUACUGCUGAGAGUACCUAUGGUGCAGGUACUUGGAAUCAUGGGUUAGAUUUUAGUAUUUAGUGGCCUUGGAUAUAUAUUUUCUUUUGUAUCCACUCACUGCUUAUAAACUUUGCCAUUUUCCUUAGCAAUGAAUUCUUCUUCAUUGUUUAGUAAUUUGUAGCAAUUGACUUUCACACUGCUUUGUACUAGUUUAAUUUCACACACCUUUAAUCUUACACUGGAGGGUGUGUGAAUAACUGAUUCCUGUUUGUUCUCCCUGUCAUUUCCAGUUUUAUAAGCCUCUGUCAUAUCCCAUGUAGGCCUUUACUGCAACUCAUAAAAAGUAACAUUUCAAAAUUUAACAGUUCCAAUAGACUAAGAUUUACAAGAGCUCUUUUAACAGCCAGGGCUAGAGUGCUGAGAAGCAUGAUUCACGUCAUCAUUUGGCAUUUUAAACAGUGCCAAAGCUGUCAUUUAAGAUAAGUCUUUUAAAAAUAUGUAGACUAGAGAUAAAUACCAACACCCCUUUAGAUUAAUGAAAAACAGUUCUAUGUUGAAGUAAACCCAGAAAGCAGGAUAGGAAGUUAUAGUCUUGAAAAACUUACUAGCCUUAUUUUUUAAAUCAUAACCAUUUAAUGUUUUUGUUCAAAAAACAUUUUUUUCUGGCCUUCUUUAUAGACAUCUAUUUCCAUUUGAAUGUUCUGUUGAAGCCCAAGUGAUAGUAAUAACAUGAUUAUAUAGUGCCAUGAAACUAAAUAGGUGUUAAAUGCAGCUAACACUACCCUCAAAGGCAAUAUAGCUUCCCAAGUCUUUUAUCUUAAUACUCUGCAUCAUUUUUGUAAGAAAGGUAUUUCAGGUAAAAUACUGAUGCUUUCCUUAUUUCUUCAGCCAUUCAGUUAGGUGGGGUUUGUAGUCUUUUUGAGUGAGACAGCCAGUGGUAGAAAGUCAGGGGAAGCUAAGUACUCUAAAAAAAAAGAAUUAAUUUUUUUUUUCCCUUGGUACACCUUCAGUUGGCAUGAGGUUUGGAGUAUGGGUUUUUCUGUUUUUUUUGUCAUUGGCUCCAUUCUGCAUUUGUUUGAUUUUAAUAGAAAGACCUGUGGUUAAUAUUUUCCAGUAUAAGGCAGAACACCAGACAUUGUAAACAGGAAAAAAACUUAUGCCAUCCAGGUGCUACAAAACUGAAAAUUAAAAUACAGAAUUAAUACCUGGUGAGCCAACAGAACCCAGAGCUCCACAUCAGUAAUUACACCACACCCACUUCGCAACAGAGGUUUCAGUUAGUUACAAAUAAUGAUUUAGAAAUCCUGAGCCACAGACAGUAAGUCUGUCCAAACAAUGCUCUCAGUAUGGCAAUCCCAGAGGCCUCUAAGGUUUGUUGCUGGUGUGCCAAGCAGCAAAUAGAUUCUUCAGCUGCCUUUCAGGAGAUGCUGCAGGAAGCAUGUGAAAACUUCCAAGGCAAUGCAGUACUGCGACAGCUACAAAUUCACAGUACUGCCAGCUCUGCAGUGAGUCACUGGGCAGUCAGUCUGGCUGCAGUGAGAACAAAAGCUGACACGUAUGUGCAUCUGCAAAACUAAAUAUCACCUUGCCUUAGUUACCUGGCUGAAUAAACAAGAGCCUGGGCUUGAACUCCCAGCCUUUUAAAUGCAGUUUGUACUUCACUGCCUUUGUGAAGCAUGGCCUUUUGACUCACUGGAACAUUAGUUUCAGCUGUAAGCCAGUUAAGAUGCAAUCCUCAAAUUAUCUAUGCUGCUGAAUGGAAAAAAAAAGCCAAGCAGAAGAUUUAGUUUUAAGGUCACAGGACUAGUACUGUUAGAGUGGACUACACUGCAUAUAACCUUAUCAAAGAAUUAUUUCUUGAACACUGGAGCAUUCACACAUACUAUAAGUAUCGGGCAUAGCACAGGUAUAGUACAAGAUAUAACCAGUUUAAAAUAGCAUUCAUUUUCAGAUAAAGAGCAGUGUAAACUCUCCUACUGCUACUCCCUCUUGUCCUCUCAGGAGCAUCCUCAGGUCCUAAAUUACUUCUUGCAUCUGAGUAGAAGUCACACUGAGUAGUGCAAGACCUGUAAAAGGCUGACCAACAUGAUCACUUGGAGUAUCUGUGAAGUAUUACCCAUUCCCAAAAGUAAUGUGCUAUGAGGUCAUGAGUAUUCCUUUAUAAGAUAAGCAGCAAAAGAUACAGCUAAGGCUAUCAGCAGAAAUGCGUGUAAAAAAGCUCCAUGCUAGAAUUCCUCAUUUUAUUCUUUGAUGUUCUGGUGCAGAGAUUUUGUACAGCACAGAAGCCAAAUAAGAAUUGUUAAUGCAUUUAUUUUCUUUCAUUGCUUGAAGUGAAAAGGAAUUGAAAACUUGUCAUCACAAUGACUUCUUUCCUCUAACAGCUUGUGGUAAAGGCUGUAGUUAUAGCAGAGCUUUAACAAUUAACCAGGUGGAAUUAAAAAUAAUAGAGAGAUAGGAUCAGUUGGGUAGGGAAACAUCAAUACUCCUCACUAAGAGGGAAAACAGCAUAACUUCAGUUAUGGCCAAACUUGUAAUAGGUAGACACAAAACCUGAACAGUCACAGGAAAUGCUACUUUUAUUGAUGUAGCUUACUCUAGGGCACAGACAGAAUAAGAACAUGGGAGAGGAAGCAAAAGACAAGGUCUCUCUGUCCAUUCACCCCACCCUUUUUUAAGGAAAGCCAGAUGUGUGUUUUGUUGGCAGGUUGUUUUUUUUUUGUUUCCCCGUUUUCUUCACUGAUGCUAUCACUUUAUUUGUGAAUCAUUCAAGACUGGCAAUAUCAUAUUUAUUCUUCUCACACAGUAAUGAUAACCUUCGUAGAUAUGGAAAAAAAUUACAUAUUUUUGAGCUAUCCACCUCAUGUAGAUCAGUCUGUUACCAUUAUUCCUAAGACAGCUCAGCACAGACCUAAUUUUACCAUCUUAGUUCUAUAAAGAGACUUCUGGGGACAGUAGCAGCUGUAAGUCACAGAAGUCAUCAGUAAGAAGUCAGAAAACAGGGCACACCACUAAAAACUUCUGUUUUACCUUUCAGAUCCAUAUCUCCAGCUCAGGGGCUCCAUAAAGGACUCAAAAAUGUCCAGAGAAAAAGGGGAGAAGAGGGAAGCAUUACAUCAACUCAAUGCUUUAGUUUUCGUCCUCAGUCAUAAGACCUGAGGAACUGCUUUGAAAGUGUAAAACAGCACUUGACAUGAUACAGCUGUAACUAUAUUCCUUUGCAUGUUGACAAAAACAAAUCCAGCUGAUGAAAAAGGAUCUUGUACUUAUGUCCAGAUCAUAUGACUAUGAGAUAACAUGGACAGGCCUCACAGACCUGCAGAGUUUAAGGACAGGGCAGCAAUAACUGUCAUGCUAUAAUGGCAGUUUUGCACAUAUAUGGCCAUCUCAAGUUUUUUUGCUACUGUGUAAAGAUGGAACACAAGAAGUCUCAAAGUGCAAUUCUAUGAAAUUUAUUAUUUAAAUAGUGGAUGUGCCAAUUAUAAAAUGGUGACUUUGGUGUUAAAUACUUCAUUCCAUUUCAAUUGUGUCCUCAGUCUUCACAGUGUCACUUCUUGCCCUUGUAGAGUGAACAGCAACUUACAAAAUAUAUAAUAGAAUAAUAAUCAAAUCUUGGAUUUAUACAAAAAAACCUUUGUUAUUCCCCCCUCACUUCUGCCCCAAUAUUUGCAAUUAUCUUUUCUUAGAGAGGGACUUCUUUGUUCCAUGCCCUAAAGAUAAAAAAAGAAAAAAGUUAAGGUAUGUAUAUAUUCCACCUCCAAACUAUGUCAAUUGGCUUCUUAAAAAAGACUAGAUACCAGUGAUGGUCUUUUCCUAUUGCAGGCACUGAUGAUUGAUAUUAGAAUUAUGUACUCAACUUCCCAGCUAGUAUAAAAUGUGCAUGAGUGGUUUUGGACUUCAGAAUAUCCCAGCACAACAGAUAAGAAAGAGUUCCGUAUGAAGCUCGUAUCACAGUCUCAAUGUGCUCUUACAUUGUUGAAUGUAUCCAAGAAACAUCAGCUAUUUCUGGGGAAAGUACAAGAAGUGUUUUGGGAUUAUGCAAGUUUCCUGGAUGCUUUUAAUAAAAGCUGGUCAGCAAUUAAAGGUUUAAAACCUAUGUUUAAACAAUCUAUCUUCAGGGCUGAUGCAAAUUUUCACUAGCAAGAUACUUCAGCCUAAGUUUGUUUCCAACCUUCCUUAUAUUUCCCAGAUGAAAGUCUAAUCCUUUGUCUAUUAUAUGAGAGAGAGACUGUCUUUUACUCAUGUAUUUCCUGAUGGAACAUUUGGGUUCAUUUUUCUACGCUAACUUAUUCUUUUCCAGAAAGAAAAAUGAUCUUUCAGAUAGCUUCUUGUAUCUACUGACCCUUUUCAAUUUAUAAACUUUUUAGACUCACACUAAUGCACAAAAGCAUAUUUGUUGCUGAAUCGAGUUCAUUUUGGUUUUUCCCUGCCUUCUUCCAUAAUAACCAGAAGUUCCUAAUCCAUAAAGUUGGAGAUCUUUAGAAUUAUCUAUAUGCAUUUUUGUUAUAUUGAAUUACAGAUCAUUUGAGCUGAGGCAGAUAAGCAGCUUAAAUAAAAGCAUAUACUGCAAAGUGACACAGGACCCAGCACUCAAAGAAGACAGUACAGCAGUCUGAAGAGCAACUAGACUAAAACUAAAACAGCAGGUUUCAGUGUGGGUUUCCUCCCCCAUCCUUACAUUAAACAAAGAAGGAACCUAACCUGGUCAAAGUUACACUAGCAUUCAUAGCAAGGUGAUUAAGUGCUGAGUUUAACUUUCACAAACUAACCAACAUCCCUGCAGUUCAAACCAAGAUCAGUCCCCAAGAUAGAAAAAAUGCUUGUAACAGUCAUUUUUGUAGCUUGUCAGUGUAUACCAACCUUUUUGUGUGCUGUGUUUAGGCAGCUCCCACAUUUCUACUUCUUCCAUCUCAUGUCUCGCAUCUCUGCGUUUUGAAGGUGGCUUGCCCAUUCUUCUCUUCUUUGGCUUAACCAAAGGUUGGCACACUAAAUAACAAGAUACAAAUGGUGUUAUUUCUCCAAUGCAUAGUCUCAAGGGAAAUUUAACCAUGACUUUCACCAGCUGGUCUGUGGUGUUCCUCUUCCUCCCUCCCUUUUUUGUACCCAUUUUAAGUAGCAGAUAAAAUUGACACUACAUGUCAAGCAAGUCUUGUGCAUCUGCAGCAUUUAAUCACUGUCUAACCAAAAUUCUGGAUGCAUUGUAUUUUGGGUCAUAAUUUGGAUAGGUGUUAAUGUGGUAAAAAAGGAGCCUAGUACGUUGGAUAGUUCUGCCUUAGUUCACUUUUCAGGGGUUCAAGACUAGUUGGUGCUGUCCAAGUGACCCAAUUCACCCGCUGUCUUUAAAAAACUUCAGACCUGUGAAGUUAUGCUCUACAUGUAAACUGCUCAAGCAGUCAAAUUUAGUGCAUGAUAUUACUGCUAAAGCCAUAUAUCACUUGUUUAGACCAACCUCCUUACUUGUAGAGCACUGUAAUUUGAAAAUACAAGUAAUAAUAUAGGCAACAUUUUUAAAGAGAACAUAAUUUUAAUAGCCCUUCUGAGGCAUCCAGCAUCACAAACAGCAUUCAGAAAACACCAGUUCCUGCUUCCUAACACUGAAUGUGAUGACUUCUUCAAACUACCUGGGCUAGAAAAAGAGGAAGAGUAAGCAAGGAAUAGACCAAACACCCUCAGUUUGCUGCACUAUCUAUGAAUUCAAAGAUGCAGAAGAGACAUGCUGAAAGUUAAAGGUAAUUUACAGUUACUUUAGAACAAUUACCAUAUUUUUAUACAUUGUUAUAGUGGAGCCAAGAACAACACUGCUAAAGUAAAAUGUUUUCAACUCUUAUAGAGCAUGCUAGCAUUAAUAAACAAAACCCUACAACACCGAAGUCUGCAUGUAGAAAGCCUCCAAUGCAAGAGGCAAUCCCAAAUCCCAGUAUGUUCAAGCAGGAAAGCAAUGUAGAGAAAGUGUUUUCCUUAGCUCUAUCUACUCGGUUGUUGAUAUAGGAAAGCUGAUGUAUAUUAUCAGUGAACUGAAGAGAAGCAAAUCAGGCUGUUCUGAAGAUAGGCUGAUCCUGAGAUACUUGAAACGCAGGACACAUGUUUUACUGAUCAAAAUUAGGAACUACCACUGCAUAUGGUAUCAAGAGUAGCAUUAUCUGUAUAAAUAAUUUAUAUUACAGUUUAUGGUAGUAACAACUUCACACAAAUAAAGGCUUUGCUUUGGUCACACCAAAGCAUUAAAUGUUUUGAUUUCCUAUAAAAUUGCAUUUUAAAAAAUCCCCAGAAGUAUCUCUGAUGCACCUUAUUACCUUGUUUCUGUUUGAGAAGGCUAUAAACAUAUCCAAGAGACACUGACUGACAGGCAUUUUAUCAAUACCAAAGCAGGAAGGAUUAGUUUUAUUGUUUUCAAAUCUUAUUGAACUGUCACAUGCUUGCUAUUUUGUAUCAUAUCCUUCUGGAUGUUCCUUAAGAACAAAAACACACAGAGAAAGUUGUACCUUGUUCUUUGCUCCUUGCUGGAGGUGAGAAACUACCACAUAUUUGGCUGGUAAAUCUGGGUUUGGCACCACUUCUAAUCCAGUACUCUUCAGGUAGUAUCCCCAUAUUCUCUCUUAACAGCCUUCCUAAUUAAAAUUAAAAAAAAAAAAAAUUAAGGUCAGUAUUUAGUCUUGGAAAUGCUGGUGUACUGUUUGAUCCACAAGCCAGAAUGCAAAGCCAGCUACUGGGUCUGAUUGUAGGAGUCUGUUGAAAUAGAAACAGUUUUCUGAAGACUACAUUUAACAAAAAUUACAUUAAGUAUACAGAUUUUGAAGAAAGAAAAUAAUGUUUAAGAACACUAAACCUGCUAUUAGAAGUAAAUCACCCUGCUUUGGUUGGUUUUUAGAAUGCAAGACUCUACUAAACAGCAGCCACCGGCUGAAGUGACCAUAUAACCAGCUGCAAACUGAUAACUCUUCUUAUUCUCAGUUCACAUUAAUCUAAUUUCUAAGAGGAUCUACCUUGGAAUAAAUAAGAUGUUCUUUCCAAGAUCAAAUUUAAUACUGUUUCACACCAAUUUUUUUCAAAGUACAAAACUGUUUUUACAAAGAGAGCAGCAGCUAUAAUUUAAAAAAAAAAUUGUUUGACUACUGCAGGAAAGUUACACAGGGUAUGUCCACCAGAUUAUAUUGAACUUAAUUCUGUUUAAUGCACCCAGCAUUAAUCUGUGAUAGGAGAGUCAGAUUGUAUAAACUGAAAUGCAAAGCUUCUAAGAUAUUAAGCAACAGUCAAUACAUAGUUUAAAUAACCUUAAACUCUGCAAAUUAAUAAAUUGCUACUGAUGUCAGAGAGUUAAGUAUAUCAAAUCUAACACAAAGGAGAGUUCCUGCAUUAUUCUCUGCUGGCUGUAAAAAUACAGAAUCCCUAUGCAGUAGCUAAAAAGUUGCAAACUUCCCUCUGCUUCAGAAAGCAUUCUGCAGGACUUCUGGCUCUUGGCCAAAUUUGAAGCUACAACAUGCUCUAAUCUUCCCACUACUUUAACCUACAAUAUGAAACUGCAAUUAGGUGUUCUUUGUGUAUGCUACUAACGAGCACUUUGUCCUUAGCAAUUAGCUCACCUCUCAAGAAUUUCCGUAGCAUUCGCUGGUGUUCAAGUCCUUCUCUUCUUGUCAUAGGCCUCUUUCUUCCAUAAUACCCAUAGUCACUGUAUACAACUUCAUCUUGUUCUCUCUUCUUUGGCUUAUAAACUACACCAAUGUUUUCAACAAGCCCACUCCUAGUUUUUAUUUUCUCUUGAGCCGGCCAGCUAAUUAAUUGCGCUGGUACAGCAUUUGUAGAUGGUUUCCAAAGCACUCUCUGGCCAACUUGGUAGAAAUUUCCUUUACUUGGCCUCAAGAUGCAAUAUGGAGGGGCUUCUUGAAAGAAAUACUCAAUUUCGUCCAUGUCAUCAUCCUCGUCAUCCUCAUACUCAUCCUCUCCAUCUUCAUCUUCCUCUUCUCCCUUCACAGAAUAUUCUUCAGAGUCCUCAACUUCUGACAAACUCUUAGUUGCUUUUUUGCUGGGAGAAUCAACUUCUUUCCUACUAGAGGACCUAGAAAGGGCUCCCAGCUUUCUGCCUUUACUAGAAGCCUCUUUGAUCUUUGUGUUUGAAGAGUUGACAUCUUGGUCAUUGAGGCUGUUCACCUGCUCCUUUCCUACGGCUUCAUCUACAUUAGGGGAUCCACCACCUUUAACUUGCUCUAAGCCGUCUGUACUUUUCUGAAGAGUAUAUGUGCUUUUCUGAAGCACAUUGUCAGGCACAAAAUAAGACACUGGGGCAUUAUCAGUUGAUGAGCCUUCCUCUCCAGAGGACAUGUCAUCAGAAGACAGACUGAUUACACUUUGACACUUCCUUUGUGGCAAACAAGCAUUGUAGUUUGUGUCCAUACUGUCCAAACAAGCCAGCCAGCUGCUAGAGGGAGCAAACUUCUCAAUUGAUUUGUCACACCAAAUACUUUUUUCUGUCUGCCUUUCACCGUUUGCAUUGUGGCUUAAAUUCAGCUUUUUCUGCUGAAAGUCACUCAUUACCUCCAUAUUAGAUGGAAGUAGUCCUGCUUGUUGAAUAAAGCUAGGCUCUUCUUGAGAAGUUUUUGAUCCUGCAGCCCUUUUAGUGCUAGAUUUCUUAGCUAUUACCACUGGUUGAUCUACACCAACAGACCUUGCCAACUCUGUGAUUUGCACUGCCAUGGUUUCACCUGGGGGGGAUUUUGCCAUCUUUUCUGCAUCCAGCUCAACUUCAUUAUUUUGGACAUCUUUCUCUUGCACAGCUUCAGCACCCUGUUUGGAGGUCACAACAGCUUUUCUCUCAUCUAAGGAAGCUCCUGGCAGCAUAUUCUCCCCUUCAUGAGGGCCAUAUAGCAAGCCUUCACAUGAGCUAAGAGAAAAUAAGUCAUGUGGCAGUAUGUUCUCUGGAACUGGUUUACCACUUGCCGCAUCAUACAGUGGGAUUGUUUCUUUAAAGGACUUCCACAGCUGAAUAGCUGGAGAGCCAUUUCCAUAUUCUAUCCUCACUUCCUCCUUCUCAAAGGCAUAGCUUCCAGUAGGAAGAUUUCUAUACUGUGUAGAGCUGGCAGGGCUCUUGUUAUGAAACUCUCUGUCUACCACAAUAGAGGAGCCAAACGAAUCUCGUUUCUCUGAAGUGGUUUCAGUCUCUGUACCUAUACCAGGAGAAACACAGGCUGUAUUUCCUGCACCACAACCUUUCGUUUCUGUACGGAUAUCUUGAUGCCUUUUUUGCUUGCUUUCAGGCUGUCUAGGAUCAGUCUGUGUUUCUUUUGUCUCCAUUUUCUUCCCAGAGCUAUUGUAAUGCCUAAAUCUUGUUGCAUGAUAAAACAUAGGGGAAGAUGGGGCAGCAUUAAAAUAAGGCCUUCUGUUAAUUCUUGCAUGCACUGGAUGCUGUGGGACAAAAAAUCUAGGGUACUCAUGGAGUGCAACAGAAUAAAAUGGAAAAUAUGGAUUUCCACUCCGGAAGCCUAGACAUUGGUGACAAAAAGAAAAGACAAAUAUCAUCUUUCUGAAAUAAGUAAGCCUGAAUAAUAUUUACUAGACAGAGACAGCUACAAGAUCAGACACAUCUGUAAAUAAAACACUCCACCUUUCAAUAUUUAGAAGCAAAUCUGGUGCAAAAACAGAGAGAGUUCUUCAUUAGGCAGUAGCUUAUCUCAACAUCUACACUUCAACCAGAGCUUGAUUUCAUCCCUUGGAACAUUCACCAAAUUGUUUUUCUGUGCUUUUUUUGGCUAUUUCACAAGCUGUUGAUGUAACAUUGAUUUUGAAAAGACAGCUCCAGAUAGAAGUUCACAUAGACAUAGUACUUACAAGGUGUAUUUAACAAUAUUUUUCUUAUUUUCUUAAGUUCACAUUUAUCCAUACCUAUCACACAUGCACAUGUGGAAUUCAUAUAUACACACGCAUAUCAAUUGCUAAGUACAUUCUGGAGCUCUGUGUCUGCAGGAUGACCAUUAGUUAAUAUUUUGCUUAGCUUCCAUUCUCCAGAAACAGAUGUUUUCCACCACAGAACCUACAUAUUUAAGGCACAAUUAAUGUAGUGCUAUGAUUGUCAAAAAUCUUAAGUAUUAGUUAAACUCCCAAGAGGCUCAUUAACACAGAUACUGCAAGAGUGGAAGAAAGUAUGUAACUAAGCAAGCAAGGAUCCCACAGAGAGCUGCUGUUUUCCUUACCUGGAGCAGGUACGCAGUAUGGACUGUAUGCAUAACUGAGGCACCAUGGAUUUGGAUAAGGCUGUUGAGCUGAUGACUGAGCAUAAAUAAAGGGUCCUGGGUGGUUUGUGGAAUACGAUCCACUUUCUGAAGUUGAGGCAGUAUUCAUUUUUCUUUAAGAACUGAAAGAGAGAAGUAAUCAUUAUCAACCACUUUAAAAACUACAUGACUUAAUUAUUUUUAAGCUCUGUCAGAAUUUAGCAGACACUCCUCUCCCUGCCCAAAGAAAACAUAUCCUUCCAAAAGGAAGCUGCUGUCUUCCAAACAGAAGGUAACAAACUGACAUGCUAUCAAGGUCAAAUAUUUCAGUUGGGCCUUGCUAAGCAAGCUUUUGUACACAGCUCCCAAUAUUAGUCCUUCAAGGCAACCUUGUAACAUGUUCUAAAGCAACAGAGCUCCAGUAGCCUUAGAUGCAUAGGUCUCAACAAGAAGUACCCCAGUCAAUUAAAUAAAAAAAGCCUUCAGUGAAUUAGCCUUGAGCAAGAGGCCACACACAUACAAAUGUUAAAAAAGAAGCACAGCUUCACACAAUCAGACAUUUAAUGCUUCAUGAAGGAAACACUUCUUAAUGCUAAUGCAUCCUUUGUUACACAUUACAAUAAGAACUCCAUUAAUUCAGGAUUUGCACUUUAUACUAUACUUAAGAACAACAGCUAACUAACGUAGUAAACCAAGUAUUUCAGUGACACCCUGCUUCCUACGCUUAAACCAAAUGAUAGGUAGCAAAAACAACCCCCCCAAAAUCCUUAUGUGUAAGUUUGCAUUCAGAGCCAUAUAAAAUUCACAAGACAGAACUUCCUCCCACACUUCGAUGUCUCCUCAGUUAACUAAUACUUGCAAGCAAUACAACACUAUCACACACAACUUAUAAGCAAAACUAUAAGAACUCAGAGAACGCAGAAGCUUAACACUUUAGAAGACCCAAGCACUUCAAAGUUACAAAAAAACCAAAAUUAUGUUGAGACCUGUUACAAACUAGCACACGGUUCAGCCUAGAGUUUCAGAAUGCUUUAGGAACGCUGGAGCCCUCUUCAGCUUCCAUCUAGGGUGGCCGGUGCAACUCUUGAAAGCACCAAAAACCCUACAGACUCCCUCAGGCCAAAGAAUUACUUUUACCUUUGAGAAGGAGAGUGGUGCAGAAAAGGGGGGAAAACCCC